UACCUUCGAAUACAUAUAACGUUUAUUAUAAAAAGUAAGCGCUGUAUUUUUAACAUAAAAUUGUUUUACAUUUCAGCAUUAGAAAAUUUAUUAGCCGACAUAACCUCUGAUGAAGAUGAUGAUGAUAUUACAGAAUACACAUCAAGUGAAAAUGUUGAACAUACGUCAUCGGAUGAAGGUGAGGAGGAGGCAGAGAGAGAGGCAAGUGAGACGGAGGAUACAGCGCAAGCGGGGAAUGCUGUAGCCGAUGUACAGUUUGUCCCGGCUGAAAUGGUGGCGGUGAGCGCUGCCGAUGCACACGGAGAGGAGUUGCGGGUGGGGGAGAGCGAAGCCGGAAGGAGAGAAGCAGCAGCAGCGGUGGCUGCGGCGCCUGCAGCGGUGCGUCUUCAGGUGAAUGAGGCGAUGGAGGAUGAAGGUGAAGCAGUAGAGAGAGCGCAGAAUGACCACAAUGCUAGAGCGGAAGAGGCUGAAGAUGCACCUGCCAAUAGGGAUUCUCAGCGCAUGGCUAAUGUUGACCACCUUCUUGCCACAUAUACAGAGCCAACAGCUUCUGCUAAUAAUAUUCUACAGCGCUUGAUGGAGCGAGCAGCCGAUGAAAGCGAAAAUAUUAUUGAGUAUGCGCAGCAUCCAUGUGUUAAAAGACGGCAACAAAUCCUCGACUUUUUGACCCGGCCAGUAGAACCCGAAGAAAUGCGGUACACAAGAAGAAGCGCUAGAGGAUUGGUCACCGAGCAUAUUUUUAACUAGGGAAAUCCAAGAGAUCGUCAAAUUAAUGAACUUAUUCGACGUGGUCUCGAAGGAUUUGCUAAGUACCCCAGGGCUUUGAAACAAGAUAUCAUGCGUAUCAUGUAUGUUCGAAGAGCACAAGAAAUACGUUGGUUUUUCAAUGCUUGUAAAGAUAAAAAUUCCAUACUGUUAGACACUGAAAAUUUACCUGAAGUGUUUAAUCGCCUGGGACAGAGUUUUUCAGGACCACCAGAAGAAUAAUUAAAAAAUAAGAAAGUGUAAAGUAGGGUAUUCAAAUAUUUUGUAUUCAAUAAAUUUUUUCAGAACAUAA